AUGAAUGUCAAAUCAACAGUAUUAGAUUUAAUUUCUUCUCAAAUUUAUAAACCAGCUGAAAUGAUUGACCCAAAUUCAACUCUUGGUGAUCAAGGAGCUACUUUUGAUUUAGUAGAGAUAAAGGGUAAAUUAGAUAAGAAAUUCGGUACAAAUAUUCCAAUGUCAACAAUGAAUGGUAAAAUCUCUGGAAUUAUCAGUGAAGUUGAAAAAUCAAAAAAAACAAUUGUUUAA